AUGCAUAUGGCUGCUGGUACCCGCACCGCCGGCAGCAAGCCGCCGUCGCUGUGCCUGCUGCUCCUCGUCCACGCGCUGCUGCUCAUCGCAUCGUCGACUGCCGCCGCCGGCCUCCAGGGGUGCGACGCGUCGGUGCUGCUGGACGGCCGGGGCACGGAGAAGGCGGCGCUCCCGAACCAGUCGCUGGGCGGGCUGGACGUCGUCGACGCCGCCAAGGCGGCGCUGGAGGCGGCCUGCCCCGGCACCGUGUCGUGCGCGGACGUCGUGGCGCUGGCCGCCCGCGACGCCGUCUCCUUCCAGUUCCGCCGCUCGCUGUGGCAAGUCGAGACGGGCCGCCGCGACACCCGCUUCUCCGACGAGGCGCACGCCACAGACCUGCCCAGCUUUCUGUUUGUGUUCACGCAACUCAGGGACUCCUUCGCGAAGCGGGGGCUUAGCGUCCGCGACCUCGUCGCGCUCUCCGGCGCGCACACGCUGGGACAGACGGACUGCCAGUUCGUGUCACCGAGGCUCUACAAAUUCCAAGGCAACGGCGGGGUGGACCCGUUCAUCGACCCGGGCUACGCGCGGGAGCUCAUGCGGCAGUGCCCCGCCACGCCGUCGUCGUCGUCGCUCGGCAAGGUGGCCUUGGACCCCGGCAGCGAGUUCAGGUUCGACACCAGCUACUACGCCACCGUCAAGGCCAACCGCGGCGCGCUGCACACGGACGCCGUGCUGCUGCACGACGACGAGGCCGCCCGCCUCGUCGACGAGAUGCACGACCAAGGCAAGUUCCUCACAGCCUUCGCCGCGUCCAUCCAGAAGUUGGGAGCCUUCGGCGUCAUCGCCGGCAACCAAGGGGAGAUCAGGCGGAACUGCCACGUCGUCAACUAA